UGCCCCAACGUGAAGCUGGAGCGCGAGCGCGAGGCCAUUAACGUGGCCGUGGAGCCCGGCAUGGCGGAGGGCCACGAGAUCGUGUUUUUUGAGGAGGGGGAGCCCAAGGUCGACGGCGAGCCGGGGGACCUCAAGUUCAGGGUGCGCACGGUGCCCCACGACACCUUCAGCCGCAGCGGCAACGACCUCAUGAUGAACGCCACCAUCAGCCUGCUGGACGCCCUCGUGGGCUUCAGCCGGGAGGUGAAGCAUCUGGACGGCCACAAAGUGGUGCUGGCCAGCGCGGGCGUGACGCGGCCGGGCGACGUGCAGCGCGUGGCGGGGGAGGGCAUGCCGCAGUACCAGCACCCGGAGCGGCGGGGGGACCUGUUUGUGACGUACGCGGUGGACUUCCCGCCGGCGCUCAGCGAAGAGCAGAAGGCGCUCGCGCGGCAGCUGCUCGGCGGCGGCGGCGGCGGCGGGGGUGCGCUGGCCGCGGCGUGA